UUCAAAGCAGUGUGGUGCUGAAGAGAGCACUCUGCCCGCCGCUCAGACCGCCAGCGGGCUCCGGCGCACCGUGGCUCGGUCGGCUCGCACUAACACUGCGGGGAAUCAGCAGCUCCGUGGACGCGGACGUGGAAUUUCCCCGCACCGAGGACCCGUUCUGAAACCUCCUGUGGGAUUUUUUAUUUUUUUUCCCCCAACAAGGCCACAGAAAAUCGUGAUGUGUAAUAGAUGCCCCCUUCGGAGGUUGUUGGAGUCCUCGCAAUCAUAGACCUGACAUCAAGCGAACGAACGGUUUUCAUCAUGGCAACGAGCUACCUUCAGCCUGUCCUUCUUGAGCCCUCCUGUGGAGGGUGUAAUAACUGAGGGAGGGGUAGUGAGUCUGAGAAAAGCCUCCACCUGCAGAUGAAAUUCAUUCUAACCAUGUAGUGUUUCUUUCUCCAAAGAGGGGGGAGGGUGUAAGCUGGAUUGUGAUUGCUUUUUUUUUACUCGUUUCUGUUCAUGUAAUCACUGGGACAGACUUGUUGCUGGAUUGCUGAGUGUAUGUGGGUGUGGGCAGAGAGCGUGAAGUGAGGAGAAAGUGAAAGAGAGGAAAAAAAGAGUGAACGAACAGAGAAAGAAGGGAAGAGAUGGUCCUCCACACCACCCCUUACUCCAGUGCCUGUUUGCACUUCCUGGAUGGGCUGUCGUGGAGCCUGGUGUUCCCCUGCUACUGGCUCCUGGACCGGCUCCUGGCCUCCUGCGUGGCCACUUCCCUGGAGAAGCGCCAGCGAUCCCAAGACCCCUGCUCCUUCCUCACCCUGUGUGUCCUGAUUGCUGCACCCCUUUAUCUGCUGCUCCUCCUCGCAUCCCUGCCCUUUGCUCUGCUGGGCUUCAUCAUUUGGGCUCCCCUGCAGGCUGUUCGCCAGCCAUACCUGUACACAUAUCGAAGACCAGACAAGAACCAGGCAGAGCAAGGUCAAGCAGGUGGCGCUGGGACAGGAGAAUGGAGGCCACAAGGCAGAAGCUUCUGUUUCUGCAGUGCCAAUGUUUGUCUCCUCCCAGACUCCCUGGCCCGGUUCAAUAACUUAUCAGACACCCAGAGAAGAGCACGCGAGCUGGGCAAGAGAAUCCGCAAUGGUGCGAGUCGGCCCCAGAUUAAAAUAUACAUCGACUCGCCAACCAACACAUCCAUCAGUGCGGCGUCCUUCAGCAGUCUUGUCACUGGUUUCCGCCGCACGUCCUCUCUGGACCAGCGUCCAGAACAAGUCCACACCACCAAUGGCCCAGCUGAAACUGAAAUAGAGCCUGUCACAGAGUGCCCUGUUCACCCCUCGGAUACCACCGACUGCCGUGUUCACCCACCUUCAGAAGACCAGAGUUUUACCAAUUGCCCCAUUCACCAUGAUGGAUCAGACAACACAGCAGAUUGCCCCCUCCAUCUGGCUGGAACUACCAACAGCUCAGACUGUCCUAUCCACCCCUCGAGCGAUGCCACUGACUGCCCAAUGCAUUCAGCAGAAGGUCAGAAUGACUCUGGCCAUCACGACUGCCCCAUGCACGGGGAGUUAGCACAGAAAAAGCCCUCCACAGAGUGUCCGCUUCACACCUCAGGGGUUCAGAUCAGCAUCAGUGCCCCAGAACCAGACCCCCAGGAGGAGGAGGCUGAGACUGGAAACCAUCGAGAUCUGGCAGGAGUAGACACAGGCAGCAUGACUGCCUCUCGCGAAUCCCUCACUCGUUACCAUGGAGGCGACACAGCAGUAGGGAUAUCCUCCAAUAACACCCUCUCUCACGUACCACGCACGUCCAUCUUCAAGAGACCUGGAAGGAAACGUCGCCAUGGAGAUGAAACGUUCGACCAUGAGAUCUCUGCCUUUUUCCCUGCCAACUUGGAUUUUCUAGCUCUACAGGAAGUUUUUGACCACGGGGCAACAACGAGACUUCGACGUCAGCUUCAUCGCUACUUCCCCUAUGUGCUGAGCGACAUUGGUCGCUACGGAUGGAAAGGCUGCUGUUCCAGGUUUAAGUUUUUGAACAGUGGUCUGUUGCUAGCCAGUCGCUACCCUAUCCUGGAUGCUCGGUAUGAGUGCUACCCCAACGGGAGAGGAGAGGACGCACUGGCAGCCAAGGGGGCGCUGUUUGCUAAGGUUCACGUGGGCACCUCCCAUCAGGAGCAGAGGGUGGUGGGAUACCUCACCUGCACGCACCUCCACGCCAUAGAAGGCGAUUCGUCGGUCCGCUGCGAGCAGCUGGACCUCCUCCUCCAGUGGGGGGCCGAGUUUCGCCAGUCCUCAUCCCAGUCCCCUGAAGGCGAGAAGGUGCUGGAGGACCUGGUGGCCUUCGAUGUCAUCUUGGGAGACCUCAACUUUGAUAACUGCUCUUCAGAAGACAAACUGGAGCAGCAGCACACACUUUUUUCUCAGUACAAGGACCCAUGUCGCCUGGGGCCGGGAGAGGACAAACCGUGGGCUCUGGGGUCUCUGCUGGAUCCCAGUGGCCUUUAUGACGAUGACGUCAGUUCACCUGAAAGUUUACAAAAAGUGAUGGAGAACGAAGAGGGGAGGAAGGAAUACCUGGUGUUCCCUCCCAGUAAGAACCAGUGUCCUGCCAGCAGUCAGAAGGGCCGGAAAAUCCCACUGAAGGGCAAUGGACGCCGGAUCGACUACAUCCUCUACAGCGAUGAAGGCAUUCAGCAGGACUGGAAAAUGGACAUCGAAGAGUUCAGCUUCAUCACUCAGCUGGCCGGCCUCACCGACCACCUUUCUGUGGCCAUGAGACUGGCUGUUUCCACCGGGGAAGAGGAGCCUUAGAUCCACCGCCUGACAUUUAUAUCCUUUAAAUUUUACUGCCAUGGAGGAACAAUUAGGAAGAAACUCGGGAAGUUCCGAGUAAGCAGAUAUGGAGCAGCGUGAGGGAAGAUUGAAGGGACGGCGAGUGGAUGAGUAAAUCUGUGGAAGAGUGGACAUUUAAGAAGAAGGACGAGAGAGAAAAUUCAAAGGAGAGAUGUAAGCUGGGGGAAUUCAUAUUAGGAAGUCAGAAUUUUUUUUAUCUUCCUGGGUAAAUUACCCACAGAUUCACACUGAACACUGCGACUUUGAGACUGUUGGUUUUUCCUCCGACCCUCCCCGCUGAACUAAGCCUGGAGAGUUUUGUUUCAAGUGAAGUGUUUCAUGUAGCCAAUUCACACACUCAUUUUAUCGGAUCUGUUUUAGGACAUAGUUUCCAGUAUAGUUCUUUUAUUUUUACGACUCUACCUUCAGGAGCAGCUGGAUGCUCAUUGUUGAGUGCACGAAAGAACAUGAAACUGAAGUGAAGCUGCUGACCGGCCUUUACAAUGACCAUCUGUGAUCUUGUGUUGUGCUCCUUCCCUAAAAGUUACCGGUCGGUUUUGCUGUCAGUCGUUCACCACGCUGACCCCUUCACGUCAUUCCCAAAACCUCAACAAGUGUCUUUUUUUCUUACAAACAAAUCUUACUAAAAUGAGAAGAAGAAAAAAAAGAGUUUCUAUUAUAGACACUCCACUUUUUAUAAAACUUACAAUGCCUGUUUAAUAUGAAUUGACAUGUUUAUAAGGGAGGGAAGAGGUUGGAUGCAAUGUGAUGCUUUUAGCAUGUUUUUCAGAUAUUAUCGGUAUGAAUUUGAAGAGCAUUUUGUAGAUAAAGCUCCAGUGAUGCAUGAAGGUAAAACGGUUUACCGCACUGUUAUAGCAGCUCGAUUCACGCUGACUUGAGAUUGGAUGCCUCAGUGAGCAUUUACCCUGAAACACGCACUCGGAUUUAUGUUUGUGCAUGUUCAAAACACAGAAAGGUGUGCACAGGAACAGGAGGAUUUAAACAGCAAAAGCACACAGCUACACUUUGCGUAAAGGAAAACAGAUUGUAGGAAACCCUAAUAAUAAUCAUUAUCAUCAUCUUCAUCAUGUGACUGUCCCAAAUAGAUAAUAUCAGGGUGUGUAGUUAUAAAUCUGUGGAGGUACCACGCUUUGAAAAUUAAUCGCCUUCUCCCAGACAGAAUCUGUUGAUUAUUUGUCUCUUAAAUUUGUCAGUUCAUUAACCAGACAAAGUAGUAAACACACAAAACAAUUUUCAAAUAAUGAUUUUAUUCAUAAGGAAUAAUGCUAUUCCAAACAACCUGCAUGUGAGAAAACAAUAUUAUCUCCAAAACUUAAUAACUUGUUGUGACUCCCUGGGUGGCAAUAAUAAUGCUUCCCUCAAGCGUUGGAGGGAAGUGAAAAAAGUCCCUUAAAUCAAUGUGGGGGAGUUCGGGUCCACUCUUCUUUACAGAAUUAUUUUGGUUCAGCCACAUUAGGGUCAUCUCUCAGAUUCUCAAUCAGAUUAAAGUCCAGACUUUGACUCGGUCAGGGGGGGCAGUAAAAAGAACCACUGCACUGUGAGGGGGAAAGGUGUAAGCAGUGCAUACACAAACAUGAUUGACAGCAUUAAGAUCCUCCUUCUUGCUCUGAUUGGUUGGUUGUGACCGGGUGCGGUCCGUUUCUGCAAAUGGCAGUAGCAUCAUUGGGAGAAAGAAGAGUUUUUUUUCCCACAGAUUAUUUCUGUCAUAUUCUCCUGUCAGGCCACAGUGACAGUUUUAACAAUGAUGUAAAAAAUAUAUAUUUUUACAAAAGUUACCCACUGCAGCUGUGAUUAAAUCAGGUUGUCUUUGUCUGAUUUCAACUUUUGCCUGAUGACUUAGUGUGCCAAAUAAAGCAAAACUAGAGGAAACCUAAGAGGGCAAACCCUUUUUGCAGCAUUGUAUGUUUUGAUCAUUUGUUAUGAACCCAUAUUGUUGGUACAAUGCCAUUACGUCAGAUAAAUUCAAAGCUUAUUAUGAAAUACAGUAUAAUGGAUAUUCAAUGUUUGGUUUUGAAUACUGACAUCGCCCACUUAGAAAUAUCCAAUAAAUCCCAGUAUUUAAAUACAAACCCAAAAGUCUAACUACCGAAUGCGAGCAGACUCAUAUUUUCCUUCCAGUUUGUAAUCCUUUUAACUUUGAGCAAAUAUUUUAAAGGAGGAAGUAUGUCCAGCAAAUUGAAUUGGUUGAUUAAAAAGAAAAACACAAUUCAGUCGGAUUGGUUAGCCUUUUUUUUGAUUUGCUGUCAACCAAAUUCUAAAUUACUUGGAGUCGGUUAAUUAAAGUUAAACUUAUAAAUAUAGGUAUUUUGUAUCAAAUGCUGUAAACCAGGCAUAACUGGGUGAAACUGUGAGCGCUAUAUGGCAGCAAAGUGCUUUUAAUAUGAUGUUUUCUAGGUGUUAAAUAUUCAUCAGCUGGUAUUAGUGGUAAUUUAUGGUAAAGCUGGUUAACACCUCAUAUUUUGUGUUUACUAUAAGCAUAAGUCUCCUCUCCUUUUUCUUUUGCAUCAGAAGACAGAAAACAGGGAUUCUGCUUCUCUGAUAGCUUUACAAGUUCUCAGGUUUCUCACAGCUACGCCUCUCUAUUUAAAUUAUAAAGUAUAAUCGCUGUGACAGAACCUAAAGUAUAGUAACCUAACCCUUCUCUCCCUCCUUCAGCAGCUCAACAAGGCAUUGAUCAACACUUCUGCUGUAGGAGAAGUCAUUCACUCAGGUUCACCUCAGUGAAAACACACAGAAGGUGCGUUAAAUUAGAGCGCUGCAGGAAAAUGCGUUCUGGCAGGAACAUUUUCCAAGUCUCACAGUCAAAACAUGCCUUUUGGCGACUUUGUUACGCAGAACAGUUUGACCAUUUUCAGAGGAAAGUUUGUUCAAUCAUUUAGGCAUAAAACGGUUCAACUCAAGGGAUUAACCAGUGUUUUUUGACACACGGCAGAGAGCUUUUAACUUAGAAAAUACAUUUUAAUGACAGAUUCGUUAUUCAGCAGAAAAGAGUUUUAUAUGAUUGUUCAGGACAGAUUCUAAAGACACGGGGUCGUAGAAGUAAAUAUGGACUGACUUCCAGUGUUUUACAUGGAGAACGAUGUUUACAGCCAUUUUUAACCAUCUGUUCCUAAGUCACUUCAGGGGAGUUCGCACACAGUAAAUUAUUAUAAACUAUUAAACUGUAGACAGGCUGUAGAAACAUGAGCUACUGACCGUAGCAGUGAGAUGGUGUAUGACACUAUGGGUCAGAAAAAUACCAGGUGUUAUGUGUGUUGAUUUCUGUUUUACGGUUUGAGUCCAGAGGUCACCUUGCAGCUCGGUCACGCUCCUUAUGACUCACAUAUUGUAAUUAUUAUGACAAUUACUCUUAUUUUUAUGCUAAAUUGCUUGUUUUUUAUUUUCUAAUUCAUCACUUGUGUGAUUAAUUUUAUAAGAAAUUUUGCUCCAGUCCCAGAAUUAUUUUCUCUUCGUUUCCUUAGAUGUGCUGUCAUUAUAAGCGAAAGUACACCUUCUUUCAGGUCAAGGGUUUAAAACAUCAAGAUCCUGCUGCAUAUGGAUCUGUUUCUCCAAGGUCAUUGCUUGUCUCUUCCUACCUUUGCAUCGUGUGGGCUCCACAGCAAACUGACAACAUUUCUCCUCAUUUAGAGGUGUUGUAUUAUCACAGUGCAUUUGAUUAGGAGCGCAUGGCUGCUCCAGCAAAAAGUGUGCGCUCCCAUUUUUAUUUAAUUUUGGGUUCAUCUUUGUUUAUUAACCGACUGUGUGGAAUUUGUCCACUUUAAGUUAGAAUUAAACAAAUUAAACUUUGCAAAGACCAACUCAGAUUUAUUAUUUUUGACAUAGACGACCCAAGAAUUAGGAAGAGUGUCUACUUUCAUUUUAACUAAGACUAUGUGAAUCAAAAUCUCCCACAGUGUGAACUCUGCUGGUAAAUAAGAUGCUGGCUGGCUUCGUUCAAGACUUUAAAUUCAUAUUCAUUGCUUUUUGCUAUUUCUGCUUUUUAUGGGGAAAAUGUAAUGGUGACAAACCCAAAUUACCACAAUGUAAAAUAUCAGUUUCAGAACAUAAUCUAUAUUGUUACCUUUUGUUCUUCAGAUUGUUUCCAUGUAAGUUUAAAAACCAAUUUACUGCAACACAGAUACACAGACAGUGUGGUGGGACCAUGAUGUUUAGCAAGACAAGUGUUAAAUUAUAUGUGGAAGGAAGAAGAUCAAAAAUAUAAAAUUUGUUGGUGGAGAAUAAGGAAAAUGAAGUGAUAUUUUAUGAGACAAGUUUCAUUUCCCGCUAUUUGCUAAUUAAAUGCUAUUAAUAUGGCUGUGUUUAUGUUUGUCUGAGCGGUUUUCGUCUAUGCUGGAAGCAAAACAUAGUUCACUGCAAAUCCACAUCUCCAGCCUCAGUUCAUGUCACACAAACUCAGACGACAUUAAUGCGAGGGCAUCCGCCUUCCACCUGCUAAGCUAUAUUUUUUCAGUGGGAAAAAGUUGCUUGAAAAUGUGCAGCAAUGUAAGAAAGGAAACAAUGAAACAAAAAUAGAGAAAAUGGAAGAAAACAGAGAAAUCUGUAGAGGUAAAAAGAGCCAGCCUGGACAUCCACAUUUUGAUCUAAUUUCACGUUGAGCAAGCAGUCGUCAAUUUCAUUUUUCUAUUCAGGUUCUUGUGAUGUUGUAGUUGUAGGUCUACAGAAAUGUUAUUUCCCUAUUAAAGAUACAAAAAAAAAUCAAAAUUACAAAUUAAAAGCAUUUAUUGUAAGAUGAAUCCCUUAUUUUCUGAGGUUGAACUUUCAAAACAUUGAAAAUAACAAACACCAGCCAAAAUAAUGUAAUAAUUCACAAUAACUGCUCUUUAUGCUCAAAUGUAUAUAAUUUUAAAGAUAUUUUUAAAAUAUAAUAGUCUUAGGGAGGUUUUAAUUAUAUGUAAUUGAACAUAUAAAGAAUUAUGCCUCCUUUAGCCAUGGAUAUCAGAGCAUAAGAACUAGGAAAGAAAACAUUGCCUGUCAUAUAGUGGUUGUUGAUCAGGGAUGGAUUUGUGAGUCACCAAAUGUACAGUUAUAGUUUAUCCUUUUAAUGAUAGCUUUUAAUGGCUUCUGCAGGCCGGCAUGUACAACCGUUUAAUUAUUUUUAAAUGUUUUUUCUAAACCAGGUCUGUUAUCAGAAUCUGAACUUAAACUUUCCAUUUAUAAUUAAAUUACGCCACUAAAGAAAGGAGUGAAACUCUUUGCAGUCGGGAUUUAGGAUAUAUUUUCCUAUCCCUUCCUCCCAUGUGGAGUUCAGCCUCACUGACUCACAUCACAUAAUAUAAAUCCCAUUUCCUGUUGAUACUGUUGCUCACGACAAUCAAGCAACUGGAAUAAGCCAUCCAUAAUCCCUGAGUAAUUCAUUAAAAGCCACGCUGGGGCAGGAAUAUCAAAAUGUCCAAUGUAUGCUGGUGAAAGAAGGUUACUUGAGUUAAAGAUUUAGAUGCAUGUUCAACACUAAACAAUGAUUUAUUAAUGUUUCAUGUCCACAAACAUAUAGAUCUGGUCCUGACAGCAUUCUGAGGAAACUGGGAUUUUUAUUAAAAUGUUUUCUUUUUCAAGUCAAAGUAGGACAAAGUUGUUGGAGGAGUUCAGCUCCAGGUUUGCAUAGCUGCAUGUACUGUAAUAAUGCUUCAGGCUAGUAGUCUCAGUAGAAUUGAUGCCUCACUUUGCUAUCCUUUUCUGGUUUGACUUUUCAAAAAUUUCUUCUUUUUUAUUGAUUUUUGUUUUUUGUUGGGGAUUGUUUAUCUUUGGGAUUGUCUAACUUGGUCUCUGUAACAUCACUGAGGGUUCUGUUGGUUUUCUCUUUCUAAUCUUCAUCAAACUGCAUAUUUUCUGCUUUUCUAAGAUAAAAAAAAAAGCAAACAAACUUUCCCUUUA